AUGUUGAAACUUUUAAAACAAAUUUCAACAACCUCAACUUUUAAAAAACCAUCAUCAAUAAAUAAUGGAUUUAUUAAUAUAAAUUUAUUUAAAAAUUAUUGUACAUCAGUUAAACAAGAAGAUAAAAAAAAAGUAUUAAUUACAACACCAAUCUUUUAUGUAAACGGCCCACCACAUAUUGGUCAUUUAUAUUCAGCAUUACUUGGAGAUGCAUUAGGUAGAUGGAAUAGAUUUAUUGGAAAUGAUACAUUAUUUAUGACAGGUACAGAUGAACAUGGUAGUAAAGUUGAUGAAGCAGCAAAAAAGAAUGGAUUAAAAACAAUUGAUUAUUGUGAUAAAAUUUCAAAUAGAUUUAGAGAGUUAUUUGAUAAAGCAGAUAUAAAAUAUGAUGAUUUCAUUAGAACCACUGAACCAAGACAUAAAGAAGCAGUUACUGCAAUAUGGAAUCGAUUACUUGAACGUGGAUAUAUAUAUAAAGGUGUUUAUAAAGGAUGGUAUUGUACAUCUGAUGAAUCAUUUUUAACAGAUGAUCAAGUUACAGAAGGAAUGUCGCCAAUUACACCACAGAAUCCAAUUAGUAAGAAAUGUAUGAUAAGUUUAGAGUCUGGACAUGAAGUAAACUGGAUUGAAGAGGAAAAUUAUAUGUUUAAAUUAUCAGAGUUUUCAAAAACCAUUGAAAAUUGGUUUGAAGAGGUUAAACCAAUUUUCCCAGCAAUUCACGUCAAUUUAUUACGUUAUAUGUUAAGCCAAGGCAUUAAAGAUCUUUCAAUAUCAAGACCAUCAUCUAGAAUCCCCUGGGGUAUAGAAGUACCAAAUGACCCAUCACAAACCAUUUACGUUUGGUUAGAUGCUUUAACAAACUAUUUAACAGUUACAGGCUACCCAAAUGUAUCACCAAAUUCAUCACAAUCGCAUUGGUCCAAUGCAACUCACAUCAUUGGUAAAGAUAUUAUAAAAUUUCAUUCAGUAUAUUGGCCAAGCUUUUUAAUAGCAGCAGAUUACCCACUUCCAAAAUCAAUUAUAUGUCAUGCCCAUUGGACUGUAAAUCGUGAGAAAAUGUCAAAAUCUCGUGGAAAUGUAGUUGACCCAUUCUUGGCUAUUGAUAAUCACGGUUUGGAAUUAAUCCGUUAUUUCCUCUUGAAAGGCGGUGGUUUAGAGAAUGAUGGUGAUUGGUCAGAACAUGAAUUGGCAGUUCGUUUUAAAUCGGAUUUAGCCGACACCUAUGGUAACCUAAUCUCAAGAUGCACUGGUAAAGCAUUGAAUCCAUCUGGUGAGUGGCCAAAAUCAGUCACUGACACCUCACUAUUCACAAUGGAUGAUCAAAAAUUAAUUGAAAAUUCUUCAAUCCUAGUUAAAUCAGUUUCGACACAUUAUGAUCGUGGUGAUUUCAAAAGUGGUAUUUUCGAAAUUAUGACAUUCCUCUACGAAUGUAAUCUCUACGUUCAAAAUCAAGCACCAUGGAAAUUAGUACCAAAACCAAAUCGUGUUGGUUCUGACCUCAUUAGAUUAAAUACCAUCAUCUAUAUUGCAAUUGAAAUGAUUCGUAUCACUUCAUUACUCUUAUCACCAAUUAUACCAACUUCUUCAAAUUUAACUUUAAAUUAUUUAUCAAUUCCAUUAGAAAAUAGAUCAAAUCCUUCAAAUUUUAAAUUUGGUUAUAAUUAUCAUCAAAAUCAAAAUAAUUUAAAAUUACCAAAAGAAAUUUUAAUUUUAUUUCAUAAAAAAUAA